UAGAGUAGCGAACAAGUAAAAGGAGGAAUGGGCGAAUGGGAGGAAGGACCAGAUUUGAAACUUGUGGGUGCGUCGCUUUUUCCAACGGCGACCCGUUGCAGCUAGUGAUCCUCUAAAGGCACAGACAAGCGUACGUGGCAAAUGGGAGAAAAUCCAGCAACAGGGCAACAGACAGAGGGGAAAAAUCCAAAGAGUGAAAAAAGUAAAAGAAAGGCAACAACCCAAGGGUUUGAAUUUUCAAAGAUAGAAAAAAUCAAAGAUCGUGAGGAUAGGAGUAGUGUAUUAUAGUAUUAUUAUUCCUGGGUAACCCACCCAAGCAAAUGAAGGAGGUCUGGUGCUGAUGCUUUACUGUUAUCUCCCAAUAAAGAACGAAAAACCCAACAAGCAAAAUUCUCACGCGCUUUCACACGACAAACCUUCCAAAAGGGAAAAUUAUAUGAAAAAAACAAACAAAAAAAAAAAGGAAAGCAGCAGCUCAGUCACUCUGUAAACGUCGCCGUUUUCAGCUUCUCCGGUUACUUCUCAGCUCUUACAGUCUCUAAUCGGUUCUUCUCAGUUCAAACCUUUCUGGAACAGGAAUUGUAAAUUUAUCCACAUCUUGUGGUGCCAAAUAAUUUGAGUCAAUCAUCAGAACUUGACAAAUACCAGGGACAAAAGUGCCCAUUGUUUCAGCACAGUUAAGAAGUACAUAAAGCUGGUAACCUUGUGUUAGGUUUCUAUGCUUUCAUCAUUUCCAGUUGUGUUGGUCAACUUAGAUGGAUGUUCCCUCUGCGGAACUGCAUUCUGAGCAUCGAACUGACACUUGUCCAUUGUUAAUGGAGCGAUCAGAGAACUUUAGUGAACAUAUUAUUGACAUACCAAGGAGUGGUGAAACUUCCUCAUCAACCUUGUCUCAUGAUAGAACUUCGAACGGGUUGGAUGUUUUGCAGCAUGAAGACAGACCUUCUGGUAGUGCAAGAGUGCUAGGUUCUCAGCCUUCAUCAUUUUCUUCCAAUGGUACAAACUCAAGAACCUCCUCUGCUGUAAGGAGAGGGGAUGCUCGUCGUCGAAGGAGUCCGUUGAAUUCUGGUUUGUGGAUUUCUAUUGAACUAGUUCUUACAGUGAGCCAAAUUGUAGCAUCUAUUGUUGUCUUGACUUUGUCAAGGAAUGAGCAUCCCCAUGCACCGCUGUUUGCUUGGAUUGUGGGUUAUGCAUCAGGAUGCAUAGCAACCCUCCCUCUUCUUUAUUGGCGUUAUCGUCAUCGUAACCAGGCUUCUGAGCAAGACCCAGUUCAACAUCAUCACACUUCACACAUUAAUGUCCCUGCUGGACCCUUUUCUCUCUCUGUAACAAGGACUUCUGAUGGGGGUGAUCAUCGUCCUGCUACUAUGUCUCCUAGAGGUGGUCAAAAUGCAGGAGUAACAAGUGCAAGAAUUAAAGCACUAGUGGAAUACUUCAAAAUGGCUUUAGAUUGCUUCUUUGCUGUUUGGUUUGUGGUUGGCAAUGUUUGGAUAUUUGGUGGGCAUUCAUCUGCCAGUGAGGCUCCUAACAUGUACAGGCUAUGUAUAGUUUUUCUUACAUUUAGCUGUAUUGGGUAUGCUAUGCCCUUCAUUCUAUGUGCUACAAUCUGUUGUUGCCUGCCUUGUAUUAUUUCCGUCCUUGGAUUUAGAGAGGAUCUAUCACAGGCCAGAGGGGCCACGCCCGAAUCAAUAGAUGCUUUACCAACUUACAAGUUCAAGGUGAAGAAAAGUAGAAACUGUGAUGAUAGGGAAAUCAUCUCAGGUGCUGGUGAGGGUGGGGUUGUGGCUGCAGGAACAGAAAAGGAACGUGCCAUCUCUGGAGAAGAUGCAGUCUGCUGCAUUUGUUUGGCAAAAUAUGCAAAUAAUGAUGAGCUGAGGGAGUUGCCAUGUUCUCAUUUUAUGCACAAGGAAUGUGUGGACAAGUGGCUUAAGAUCAAUGCUUCCUGUCCUCUUUGCAAGAGUGAGGUUGGUGAGAACAUUUUGGAUGCCAUCUCUGGGACAAGUGCCAGCAUCUUGAGUUCACUCUCUGGAACGCACGAUAACCAGCGACGAGCUGCAUACAGUUUGAUGAUCUUUCUUCUUAUGUGUUGGGUGGUCGUCCCUUCCAUUCUUUAUGGUUGUCUUACGGGGUGAGAUGUAGCUUGUUAGACACACACGGCAAUUCUCCAAUUACCAAACAUGAUGUAGCCAGAUUGUGCAAUGGCACCAUCAAUCAAAAGAGCCAUGUAAAAUUUAUUACUAUGUUGCCAAUCAGAAUGGAAAUGAUUUGCUAUGUAAUUGCACAUACAGUUAUAUAAAUAAUAGAGAUUUUGCAAAAUUUGCAAAGAAUUUUAGGUUUUUGCCUGCAAAGACAUUUGUCCUUGGGACUUCAAAGCAAUGAAUGAAGAAAAACUUUUCGA